UUGAGAAACACAAUGCAUUUGUAUUUGCAAUUCAUCGUUGGAUUGUUUCUGGCUUACAUCAUGAAGAAGAUCUUCUUGACUAAAAAAGAAAAAGAAAUUCCUGGAAUGGAACCUAGUUCAAAAGACAUGGGAAAUUUAGAGGACUUGGGUCAAGCAGGGAGUUUACAUCAAUUUUUAGUUCGAUUGCAUGGAAAGUAUGGAAAAAUUACAUCUUUCUGGUUUGGGACCCAGAAAGUUGUAUCCAUUUCAUCUCCAGAGAUGUUCAAAGAACAGCAAAGUGUAUUUGACCGCCCACCAAUACUUUUUAAAUUCUUUGAACCACUCAUUGGCCCAAAUUCGUUGCAGUAUACAAACAAGGAUGCUGGGAAGGCCAAAAGGAGGGAGUAUGAUCGUUCAAUGUCACAUAAAGCCAUCACUCGUUACUUGGGGGAGUUCAAUGCAGUUAUCAAUGAAAUUAUGGAUAUGCUUUGUAAAGAUAUGGAAAGAGGUGUUACAGAGCAUGCACUCUGUACCCAUAUGGCUACAUUCGCACUGAAGGCUGAUCUGAUGACAUUAUUUGGCUAUGUAUCAGAUGAUUCAAAGAUCACUGAAUUUCAAAAUAAUUACAACAUUUACUGGUCGGCAAUGGAGGCUAGCUUGGGAGGAAAAUGUCCAGAACCAGGCAGCAAGGAAGAGGAGGACCUCCAGACAGCAUUGAAGGGGGCAAAAGAUUUUGUAAAAGGAGUUGUUGAAAUCAGGCAGAAGCUGGAGAUAAGAGAGGAAAACGAGAGGUUUAUUGAUAUCUUGAUCAGACACUCUGCAGAUGAAGAAACUCUUCUGGAUGAUGCAGUAACAUAUGUUGUCGGGGGAUUCCAUACCACCGCUAAUUAUUUGAUUUGGGGCAUCUAUUUCUUAGCUGGUAAUAGUGCUGUACAAGAUAGACUUCACGUGGAAAUACUGGAACAUUGUGAAAAGGAUGAAUCUAUAAGCAUGUCCACCAUCUCCAAAUGUGUGUAUUUGAAGCAGGUGUCUGAUGAGACGCUCCGGUGCUCUGUGCUGGCUCCAUUUGCAGCUCGAUAUCUUGAUGAGGAUAUACUACUUGGAGGUUACCCUAUUCCUGGCAGAACUCCAAUCGUCCAUGCUCUGGGUGUUAGCCUUCAUAAUCCUGAAUACUUUCCCGAGCCUAGCAAAUUUGAUCCAGACAGAUUUAGUCCGGAAAACAUUAAAAACAGGCCAAAAACAGCUUUUCAGCCGUUUGGUGUUGGCAAGAGGAUCUGCCCCGCUAAUAGAUUUGCAAAUAUGGAGGCAGCAGUUUGCAUUGCAGCGAUGGUGAGGAAGUUUGAGAUCGGUCUGGUUGAUGGGCAAAAGAUAGAGGCUGUACAUGGACUGGUGACUCAUCCCUCAACAGAGAUUAUGAUCACUCUUAAACAUCGCCAUUAGAAUUUAAUCAGAGGGAUCAACGAAUAUUAAAACAUCAUAAUUUGGUAACUGAUUAUUUUCCUGUGAUUUGACUUUGAGUGGACACAAAAAACUUUACAAUACUCUUUUUUUCAUGUCAUGUUGUAAGAAUACAUGUCAUAUUGUAAGAAUAAAUAUUUGGUAUUCUAAAAUUUAUAUUAGAUUAGCACAGAAUAUCAUUCUAAAUCUGGUAUGAUUUAACCAUUGGUAUUAUUAACAAUUUUCAAUCACAUGGUUUACAUAGCGCAUUGACUAAAAUAUCGUGAAAGACUAUUCCAACGUGCUAAUUUUUUAAUGAUAAUUAAAAUCAAAAGUUAUUUUUCAGAUUUGUAGUGAAAUGCUUUCAUACAGUUUAAUUUUUUAGGCAUAACAAUAUAUUAAAUUGUUUAGCAUAAUAUUAAUAUUACAUAUCCCUGGUGACUUUGUAAAUUUUAUGAAGCAUGAUCGUAUGAUUUAGAUUGAUAUAUCAAUAUACUAUAUAUAUAUAUAGUAAACUUUCAAUUUAACGAUUAACGAUUAAGGCUAAUUUGUAUAGAAUCCCGAAUUCCAUCGAUAAAUCAAUUUAUUGAAAAUGUAAUCCCUGAAAUAUUAAUAAGUAUAACAAUUUUAUAAGGAUGUUAAUGGAGGAUGGUAAAUCAAGGAUUCACUCUUUGUUGAAAUCAUUUAACCAUUAAUUGUAAAUUUAUCUUAAGAGUUAAGACUGAACAUGUUAUUGUACCAUGU